GCUAGCUGGCUUGGCUCUAAUUAGUUUGCUCCAUAUAAAGUUCGAUCUUACAAAUAUCUAAAUGCCUAUCAUAUAGAGUUGGGAUGUCUCUAACAAUGAAAAAAAACUUUGAGAAAGAGCCAAAUGUUGAUAAAAUAAGGAAAACGUGAGGAUACAUAUGUUUAGAGUAGUAGGAAUUUAGUUUAAUACUUUAAUUGGGACGCCGAGGGAGAUCAAGGGAGAGUGAUAUCUUGAAUGAAAUUCUAAGAGUAGUAGAAACUGCUUUCAUGGAUUUUCUGCAGAGAGAGAGAGAGAGAGAGAGAUGAGGAUGGAGAGAUUACUGCCAUUUGUUGGAAUUAAUGGUGACGGCGAUUCUGAUUCAAGCUGGGAGUUUGGUACUAAACAAAGCCGCCAUGUCGAAAGGGGUCAACAAAUACACCAUGAUCGUCUACGCCAACGCUCUCUCCACCCUCCUUCUUCCUUCUGCCUUUGUCGUCCACAGACCAUCAGAGCGACCUCCACUUACAUUCUCUAUAUAUACUCUGCAGAUUGUUCUUGCUUGGCCUCUUUGGGUUGGUAGCCUAGCUCAUAAAUGUUCGGCCCAGAUUUUUGCUUAUAUUGAUGUAGACUAUAGCUCUGCCACGCUUGGCACUGCCAUGCUUAACCUCAUCCCUGCAUUCACUUUCUUACUUGCCAUCAUUUUCAGGAUGGAAAAUGUGUACUGGAAGAGGUCAAGUAGCCAAGCCAAAGUUCUGGGAACCAUUGCAUCAAUCACAGGAGCUUUUGUUGUCACACUCUACAAAGGUCCAUCAAUCUUACUAGUUCCUAGUUCAGCCACUCAAUUCCUCUUCUCACCUCAACAUUCAAACUGGCUUGUGGGAGGACUUUUUCUUGUAGCUGACGCUUUUUUCACUUCUCUAUGGAAACGUACAGUUGCAGGCAUCGAUCCUUGAGCAGUACCCAGCAGUUGUGUUUAUUGUGUUUUUCGAAUGCUUAUUCACCACCAUUCAGUCUGCGGCGUUUACUUUAAUUGCUAUCAAAGAUGCAAAUGCAUGGGCGCUAAGACAGGACAUGAGGCUCAUUGCUAUUUUAUACACCGUAAUGCUUUUAAUGAAGUUCUAGUUAAGAUUAGUUUUUUCAUAUAUAGUUCAUGAUCAAAUAUAUAUGUAGUGUACUAAUUAUUAGUUGUGUAUAUAUCAAACUAAUUAAGUAGACUUUGUAUAAGGAAUUGUAGCAACAGUUCUUCGUUACAGUUUAGUGACAUGGUGCGUGUGGAAGGCUGGAGCUGUUUAUUGCUCUAUGUUCAAACCGCUUGCGAUAAUUUUUGGUGUCAUCAUGUGUUUCAUCUUUUUGGGAGAUUCAGUAGUCUACCUUGGGAGGUACAUAUUUCUUUAAAAUUAAUUUGUAACUUGUUUACAUACUCAAAUCUUAGCCUCUCGACGCUUAUUUAUUCAUAGUAUAUAUCACUAUAUCAGAGUCAUUCGUCGAUGUAUAUGCAUGUAGUUUCAACAAUAGACACAUGUGAAUGCUCACACUCGAUCAUAUUUUAUGAAUGAUAAUUUUAGAACUCGAUGGUUUUCAUGCAAUUUGGUUGGUGCAGUUAUAAUUGUUACUGGGUUUUACGCUGUGAUGUGGGGAAAGGCCAGAGAAUUAGAGAAGCUGGAUGAUGAAGAUCCCUCUAGUGUUGAUCAUAACAAGCUCCCUCUACUACAAAACAAGUAGCUAGAUCAAUCAUCCACAGAUCGAUAGAAGUAGUUGUUGGAUCAUAAUUCAUAUACGUAUUUGUGCCCUAAAAUAUGAAAAUUACUUGUUCUAAAAUUCAAUUUAAUGUUGACUAAUCUAAUUUCAUGUUUUGUAGAAAAUGUUGACAAGAGGAGAAAAAAGUGAAAUUUCGGCAAAUUUUUCGUGCACCACCACUUUUGGCGGCACAAGUGGCAGCGCACCACCACUCACGUUGGUGCCAUGUAUUUUCCGGUCAUAUUCAUAGAGGAGCAAGGAGGAUAAAUACCAUAGCAUCUAUUCCAUUAUAUUCAUUCACCAUCAUUCUAUCUUAACCAAAUUCCAAACCUUUUUAUUCCAAUUCAACCAAACACUCCCUAUUACCCAAAAGUCCACCAUCAUCAUCACUUCAAUAUCUAUCAUGUUUUAGGCUUAAUCACCAUCCAUCACUCAUCAUUUCCUACUCUAACCUACACCAUCACUCCCAUACUCUUUUCUCUUGUUUUUUGGGAUAGAGUGGUAAUAGCAUACUCCACCUCUUUGCUUAAUUAAAAAACUUAACUGCUAUCUUACUUCUCAACACCAUUUUCACGUCACUCUCCACUAUUUAAGCACCCAUUCUUCACAAGAAAGAGGCAUCACCCACACCACCCCAUUACAUUUUCUUUCUCUCUCAAUCUCCUCCACAUGCAUAACCUCCAUCUCCACCUCCCAAAAUCCAAACUCAUAAUAUACAUACUCCUCAACCUCCAUCAACACCACCAUUACUCCAUCACUACCACUCAAAAUUGGCCAAAUGAGCAUCAUAUCUUCAUCACCAUUUCAUUCAUCAUCACCAUCAAUAAGUUUAUCAUCCAUCUAUUCCACCAUCAAGGAGGAUUCAAGGAGCAUUCACUACUAGAAAAUUGGCCAAAGGACACCCUCCAAUAAGGGUGCUCAUUACUCACAAAAGCCACCAAAAUCUUCAUUAGCCACUAUGCAGCCACCCAAACCUUGACAGUGCUCUUUGCCCCAGUUUCCUUUGGAACAUAGGGCACCAAUACAUUAUCGGUGGGCUAUUUUUAACCAAACUGACAUGUGUGUCACAUCACUCUCUCAUAUUACUUUUGUCAGGUGCCACAUCAUCUUUUACACCAUUAUAUCUUUAAUUGGCAACUCUUACAUCAGUGGGAAACAUCCCCCAAAUUUUAAAAAAAAAAAUUGGUGCCAUUUUUAAUUGGCACCAAACUGGAGCUUUUGUUUUACUUUUUUUUUCCCCCUUUUUUCUUCCUGGUCAUCAGUCUUGUAUCCACAAUAUAUACAUGGUAAUACACACUACUGAUAAUAAUAAAUUAGACAAUCAGAUACAUUUAAUGGUACCGAGUAUACUAAACAUCUGAAAUUAAAUCAUACGUCAUAGAGUACUAGCACUUUCCGCUUUGUAGUGAUCCUCUUUAGUCUUUAGUUCUGUCCAACUUUUGAAGUCCAGCUUUUUAAGUCCGCCUGUAAAUGUGGACAAACACAACACA